GCUGCAAGCUGAGCGCAUCUCCGCACUACAGGAGAGAAAGCAAAUCCUGGAGGACAUCCUCAGCAGCCGAAUGGGAGAGCUGAGACAAGUGUGUCUGCUGGAGGCGGAGCUGACCGGGAUGGUCCCACAUGCUUUUCCCCUGGAGACAGGAGAGAGAUCUCCUGUUGUACAGCGCAGGGCUGGACUGGCACAUUACAACACCAAGGGAGAGGAUGAGUCAGGUCAGCGAAGGCAGAUGAAAACACUCUUCAGUGGGGCUCUGUACAGACACUCAGAGUCAGACAGGAAUGUCCCCAACAGCAGGAGGACCGUCCACCGGGGAUGUCACACAGAGGACACAGUGAUGUCGGAGAGUACUAGCUCCAUGUCAGAUUCAACGUGCCAUGACAAUGAGGAGUCCUCUCCCAGUGUGGCAGAAGACCACCGCUCCAUGUCCCAGCCCCGUCUGGGCAGCCCAGACCACCAGGUCUGUAGGAAACUGUCCCCAGUAGAGAUAUACUAUGAAAUGAGAACACACCGUAACUCUGUGACCAGCUCUAUCAGCCCUAGUCAUUCUCUACCAAGGAGUGCAUCUAAUGUUGAAGGCAGAAGUGUUCCUGCUACCCCCCUCCUCGCCCGAACCGCCCCAAUCAGUGUUCAUGUCAGAUCAGAUGACUCUGGUGGGAUUUCACUAAAGCAGUGGUCUGGCAGCCUGGAUGUACCACAUAUGGAGCCCCUGGCCCAGGAAGGCUCCUCCUCGGAGCGCAGAGGCUGCCCUUACAGCUCCUGUGCCCGGCGGAGCAACAGUUCUGAGGCCCUGCUUGACCGCUCCAGUCUCCCCGAGGACCCAGCCCCCAGGAAUGGGAUGCCCCCCAGAGGAGGGCCUUACAAAAGUUCUGAGGCCCUCACUGACGGCAAGCUGAGGCACAUCCACCUGGGCAGUCCUGAGAGACAGGAGCAGGCCAACCUGCGGCUGUCCAUGGGUGGGAGAGUAGAAGCAGCAGAAGGAGGGGGUUACAACGAGCUCCUAAUGGAUUACAUCUGGGGAAAGCAACAGAGGAUGCAAGUGCAACACCAGCUGUACCAAUCAACAGGUAGAAUCUGGCAGGACAUUUCCUCUCCUCGAUCGUCCACUGCUGCAGUGCCUCCUCCCGCCAAUGGCUUCUCCCACUCCCAGGUGCAUCUUCCCAGCGCUACUCCUUCCUACAGUCCCAGAGUGAUCCAUAGCUCCCAGGCAGAGCCUCGCAGAGUCAAAGUCACCCGGACCAAGUCCUGCGGACCCUUCAUCCCCCUUCAGCAGGACGCCAUCCUGCUCUCUGCCUAUGAGUCUCCCCACCCUGCCCCAAGCUCCACUACCUCCUCCAUUCCCAACCUGCACCCCUUCCAGACUGAGCUGUCCGGCCCAUCAUUCAAUCGCAGGCCUCCCCAGUUCUCUCUCCCCACCCCUGAGGACUCGACGAGGAGUCUGCAUAAAGCCUUGGCGCUGGAGGGUCUCAGAGACUGGUAUCUGAGGAACGCCCUCGGCUACCCUACCACUACAUCGAAGGGGCAUGAUGCAGGGGUCUCCCGUCUCUCAUACCCCCACCCUUUGGUGCACCAGGCUCAGUCUAUACAAGGUGAUCCACUCCAUAGGUCCCAGAUGUCUCAGUCAGCCAGCUUCCAUGGCCACCCACUGCAUGGAAGGUCAAUGGAGUUCUCACUCUAUCAAGAGCCCAUUCAUCCUCAGAUGCAAGACAUGACAACAAAGGAGCCCAGUGCUGACCCUGGCACUUUGGUCUGAUGUAGCUGAAUAUAUAUUCAAACACACACGUGCACAGACAGACAGACAGACAGACAGACAGACAGGCAGACAGGCAGACAGGCAGACAGGCAGGCAGACAGACAGACAGACAGACAGACAGACAGACAGACAGACAGACAGACAGACAGACAGACAGACAGACAGACAGACAGACAGACAUUUACAUUUAAGUCAUUUAGCAGACGCUCUUAUCCAGAGCGACUUACAAAUUGGUGCAUUCACCUUAUGACAUCCAGUGGAACAGU